AUUUUUAAUAUUAAUCUUUUAUAGGUACAUUUUUGCAAAUCCGAAUUAGAACAUGGAAUGUUCAUCGAACUAUGGGCUUUUUGAGUUCUUGCGUAGAGUCCGAAUUGGCAGCUAUAGCAAAAGCCGGUACUUGGAAAACCGAGCGUAUAAUCGCAUCAUCUCAACAAACAAGAAUUACUUUAUCAAAUGGCAGGAAAGUGCUCAAUUUUUGCGCGAACAAUUACUUAGGCUUGGCGAAUAACAAGAAUGUUAUUAACGCAGCAAAAACUGCGUUGGAUAAAUAUGGAGCUGGUCUGAGUUCUGUGAGAUUUAUAUGUGGAACGCAAGAAAUACACGUUGAAUUAGAAAAAAAAAUCGCCACAUUUCACGGCAGAGAAGAUGCUAUACUUUAUGCAUCUUGCUUCGAUGCUAACGCUGGUAUUUUUGAAGCUCUGUUAACUUCUGAUGAUGCAGUUUUAAGCGAUGAAUUAAAUCACGCGUCUAUUAUCGACGGCAUUCGACUGUGUAAAGCAAAAAAGUACAGAUAUAAACAUAGAAAUAUGGCGGAUUUAGAAAAUAAGCUUCAGGAAAGCAGAUCAGCACGUUUACGCCUUAUUGCAAGCGAUGGAGUAUUUUCCAUGGAUGGUACUGUCACACCAUUGUCAAAUAUAAUCGCACUUGCUAAAAAAUAUGAUGCUAUCACAUUCAUAGAUGAUUGUCAUGCUACUGGAUUUUUUGGUAAAACUGGCAGAGGAACAGAAGAGUAUUUUGAUCUCUUGGGUAGUGUUGACAUUAUUAACUCUACAUUAGGAAAAGCUCUUGGUGGAGCAGCAGGUGGUUAUACUACUAGUAAGAAAGGGAUUGUCAGUUUGUUAAGACAAAAAAGUAGACCAUACUUAUUUUCAAAUUCAUUACCUCCACCUGUAGUUGCUUCAGCGAAUAAGAGUGGACCAUUUUAAUCCAUCCAGUCGAAUAUUUCGAAA